GGUUGGAUGAAUGAGAUGUUUUUGUACGACCCUGAGACCUAUCACCCGGCUCUCACCCACUCCGUGUUUGUGAUGUUAGAAGGUACAACAUUGAAACGCUGCUAUCCAAAAAUCAGCCUUCCCCGGAGGUCUAUCUAUGGGGAGGAGAUAGCAGAGACUGUCUUUGUCAGUCAUCAAACCAACAACUUGGCCAAUGCCCAGGUAUUUCUAUAUCCCGAUGGACUGGCAAACAAGAGACUUUGGAAUAAAAAAUAUCCAAUCUGCAUCCAGCUAUCUGAUCCUGACAAUACAGAAGUGGAGCAUGAAGAACCCGCAGACAGAGAAACUGAGAAUGGAGAGAAUCCGAGAAGAGAUCCAGACAGUUGUCAAAAGUCAAGUGGAGAGUGUAAGACAGGGACAUUAUAUCUGUUUGGAAGGACGGGGAGGGAGAAGGAAGAAUGGCAUCAACACCUGGUCAGGGCUUCUCAAGGGUCCAUGGCCGGAAAGGAAGAUGCCAACAGAGGUGAGAGCAAGACAGGGUCACUACCAAACCCCCUUUCCAGUCCAUGUAGUUGGGGAGGCACAAGCAACAGCAGCGUUGAGAGCACUGAGGACACUUCCCAUAUGUUCAAACCAAAGGACUUGGCAGGGAACGUCAGGCAGAAGAUCCUCUUGGACUAUGACACUUACAUGUCCAGGUUCAUCGCAACGGAGCCAACAAGCCCAGCCCAAAGCCCCCAACAGAGCACUGCAAGCAGCCCCACUCCAUCGAAAAAGCACCCUAUGGAACAGUCCCUCUCCAGUAACCUCAAUGUAUGCUGGAUCAAUGCCUUCAUUGGACGGAUAUUCUGGGACUUCUUGCGGGAGAAGUAUUGGGAAGAUGCAGUGGCCAAUAAAAUCCAGAAAAAGUUGACCAAAAUCAAGUUGCCAAAUUUUAUGAACGAGCUGACGCUGGCAGAACUGGAUAUGGGGACAUCACUCCCCCAAAUACUGUCCAUCUCCACCCCAAGCGUGAAUGAAAGAGGAUUGUGGGUGGAUAUGGAAGUGACCUACAGCGGAUCCUUACAGGUGACAUUAGAGACAAAAAUGAAUCUAUCCAGGCUAGGAAAGGAGACAACAAUGGAUGAGGGUGGAUCAAUUGAUAACAGGAGACUGGGGGCAAAGAGGCCAAGAUCCAAUAUCUUCACGGAUAGCGAUGAGGAGUCCUCUAGCGCCGGCUCAUCUGAAGAUGAGGAGAUCAUAGUCACCGAGACACCAGGAAACCUGGCAGACAGAGUCAUCCCCAAUAAUGCUGAAAGUUUUACAGGGGGUAACAGCACCAGUCGGCGGAUCCUUCGCUUUGUAGAUAAAAUUGCCAAGUCCCGAUAUUUCCAGAAAGCCACGGAGAAUGAGUAUAUCAAGAGGAAGAUAGAAGAGGUGUCCAACACCCCCCUGCUGCUGACGGUGGAACUGCAGGAGCUGGAGGGUACGCUGGCCGUGAACAUCCCCCCGCCACCUACUGACCGCAUCUGGUACAGCUUCCGAUCGCCACCACAAGUUGAGAUGAAGGUCCGACCGAAACUAGGAGAGAGGGAAGUGACGUUUAUACAUGUGACGGAGUGGAUAGAGAAGAAGCUGCAGGAUGAGUUCCAGAAAAUUUUAGUGAUGCCAAAUAUGGAUGACUUAUUAUUCCCGAUCAUGCAGUCAGGACUGGAUCCCACCAGGCCACCUCAGACUGACCAGUCCAUGCCAGUCCAGUUGUGAAUACAUUGGGUAACUAGACCCUGCAUGGUCCUACAGGCAAAUAAUAUCUGGAUAAAAACUGAAAUGCAUGACCUUCUGUAGGCCCCGGGGCCAGGAACUCAAAGUGGACGUAUUGGAGGAAGAUCCUUCCAUGAAAAGAGUCUCCCCAAUGUAUGACCUGCAAAUACUUUGGGGAGGAGACCCUCAGCCUGCUCUAUAGGUAACACUGUGGUGCUGGAUUGGACAUUGUGUGAUCUAGACAGCGGUGGCAGCCAUCAUGAUCUUAGAUUACAUUGGAGGAAUGUAGGCAACCACUCUCUUGUGUGCAGGACCCCGAUCUCCAAAAUACCCGGUAAAGUCAUGUGAUACGUCCAUCGAAACCAAUGGGUGCUUGUUGGUUUUACUGGAUGACUUCAGUCUUCUAGGGUGAAAGGUUCUCAGCUCAGGCUAAUAGAAGGCGGUGGGAUUUAAGGACUUGUAUUUGUAUAUGCAGAGUUCUAUAGAGCGUUCUAUAGAGAGCAUGACCCCCUACGGCAGUGUAAGAUUGAUUUUAUUGGGGCUCUUUCUAGAAUGUGUCCAUCGUUCCCCCAUCAGUUUCAUGAAAUGUUGGGCAGUGUUCACAUUUAGGGUCUAUUCACACGGCAGAGUUUCCGCUUGCGGAAUUCAACCCCAAAUGAAAUCCCAAUAGACUUCUAUGGGAUUCCGCACUUCCAUUCACACUUCGGAAUUUGCGCUUGCGGAAAUUCAGAAGUGUGAAUGGGAGUGCGGAAUCCCAUAGAAGUCUAUGGGUUUUAAAGGGGUACUCCGCCCCCUAGACAUCUUAUCCCUUAUCCAAGGGAUAGGGAAUAAGAUGUCCGAUCGUGGGGGUCCCGAAGGUGGGACACCCCAAAGCUCUAUGCAGCACCCAGCGUUCGUUUAGAACGUUGGAUGCCGGCGGCGGGGGUUGUGACAUCACGACCACACCCCUAGUGACGUCACACCACGUGCCCUCACAUAGACUUGCAUUGAGGGGUCGUGGUGUGACGUCACGAGGGGCGUAGUAGUGAGGUCACGACACCCGCUACCCGCUCCAAGCGUUCUGUACAAAAUGUUCUCAACCAUGGGGCUGCAGAGUACCCCUUUAAUUUGAGGCGGAGUUCCGCAAGCGGAAAUUCAGAAGUGUGAAUGGGAGUGCGGAAUCCCAUAGAAGUCUAUGGGCUUUAAAGGGGUACUCCGCCCCUAGAUGUCUGAUCGUGGGGGUCCCAAGCCCCCUCAAUGCAAGUCUAUGGGAGGGGGCGUAUCAGUUGCCAUGCCCCCUCCGAUAGCCUUGCAUUGAGGGGGUGUGGUGUGACAUCACGAGGGGUGUAGUCGUGAUGUCACGACACCCGCUGCCCGCUCCAAGCGUUCAGAACAAAAUGUUCCCAACCAUGGGGCAGCGGAGUACCCCUUAAAUUUGAGGUGGAGUUCCGCAAACGGAAAUUUAGAAGUGUGAAUGGGAGUGCAGAAUCCCAUAGAAGUCUAUGGGCUUUAAUUUGAGGCGGAAUUCCGCAUGCGGAAACUCUGCCAUAUGAAUAGACCCUAAGGGUCCUGGAUGUCUGUGUUUUUUUUUUCUUACACUGUAGGUCCAUCCCACAGAACGGCUACCUCCAUUGCGUGUUUCGCAGAUGUCAACAUUAACCUGAUUUUGGGACCGCGAGUGAUAGGGAGCUCAAGCAAUAAAAUUUAAUUUUGUCCAAUG